AUGGCACCCUCACGCUCAUUUUUGUUUUGCUUCUUGUCACUCGUUUGGACUCCGGUCGUUCUUGCUGCGCCAUGGAUUGUGACGGACGACUUUGAAAAGGUGGUCAUGACCAAUCACCCCUACUACUGGGCGUCCACCGAGGUCGAGGUGAUUACCUCCAUCGAAUCCAUCAGCCCGACGGCGACGGUCAUGCCCGAUGUUCUCUCGACUAUCACUUCGACGGGUAGCGGGUACUAUGCCUCAGACGUCACUGUGAUCGAACAGUUGUAUCCCACCGGCGCCGGUGUGCCAGUGAAUGAUAUUCAGCUCUCCGCGGACAAUUUCUACCGUACCACCGUUUACUAUGUCAACCUGGUCUAUACUGCCUCUGCAGGCUGCUCGACGCAGUUCACUACGACCACCUCUGCCGUGGUGACUCCUCCGGCCCUGGUGGGCAGUGCGCUGCCCAGAACCUCGGUGUCGACCUCGACCUCGGUGGACAAUGCCCAACCAUUCCAGCCGACGACAUGGACCAUCGACCAGGUGUGGGUGGCUCCCACGCAGGUUCCCACCCGCACCCUGGCUUCAUUGAGUGCCGAAUACGCGCCCACUAGCCUCUACUACGACUCGGGCUGCCAAUACACGCCGCCGAACGACUACCCAUACUACUAUUCCGGCUAUGAUGGAGACUACAACGAAGAAAACUGGUUCUUCGACCCCUGGGGGAUGGGCAUCUCCUGGUUUGCGAUCGUGAUGAUCUGUAUCCUGGGCUGGUUCGGACUGAUCCUCAUCAUUGGGUUCAUCGAGGCCUGGGUCCGCUUCCGACGCAUGAUGACGGGCUGGCAGACCCGCAGGGGUCUGCCUGUGAUGUGGGCCUUUCUCAUCUUCCCCAUCACACUCCUGUUGCUCAUUUUCCGGCGGAGGGGCUUCCGGGCUCGCACGCAGUCGGAGUCGGCGGAGCUGAAGAAGAAGUGGGAUGCUAUGAGUGGAUGGACGAAGUUGCGUCUGUUCUUCGUGUGGGGAUUCCGGUACAAGUAUCCGCCGAUGCUUGGCGGCCCUCCUGCUCGUGUCAGCAAAAAGGCCGUCAAAACAUCUGGCCCGCCCUUGCUGCAGGAGACACCGGCGGCAUCGCGGACAGGAUCGGCUGAUGGUCCGUCUGAAAGUACACGCCCUGAGAUGGGUGAGGUGCCGCAUGCCCAGUCCGCGAGGCCCGAGGCGUCCGGGGCUCGGUCCGACGAGGAAAUUGGGCGUGCCCAGUGA